AUGAUUAAUCAGCCAGUGGGUCAGAAGAGACUCACGAAUAUCGCCAUCGUGUCGAUGAAGAAGAAAUGCAAGAAGAGGGAGUAUAAGUUCGAGAUAGCAUGCUAUCCUAAUAAGGUGGUGAACUCGCGACAGGGCAUAGAAACUGAUCUAGAUGAGGUAUUACAGUCUGAAGCUGUAUAUACUAAUGUUUCUCGAGGGGAUCGGGCACUGGCUAAAGACUUGAAGGCGUGUUUUGGUACUACGGAUCAGAAGGAAAUCUGUAAAGAGAUCCUCAUGCAUGGCACGCUACAGAUCACUGGCACCGAGAGAGAAUUCUUCCACGAGUCUCGCACUAACGAGGUAAUUACACAGCUAGCCGAGAUGUGUAUCGACUCGAGGACGGGAUUCCCCUUGACCAAGGAUCAGAUAUCCUCAGCCCUUCAAGACAUCAACUACCAGGUACGAGUGGGGGCUCAGACGAUGACAGCGUUGAACAAGAGUAAGAAGGAGGUUAAUGAGGCUAAGCUGCAAGCUAGGGAGGCAAUGAAGGCCUUAGAGGAGAAGAUGCCAGAGUAG